AUGUUCGUGGAAAUUCCUCGAUGGAUGUUAGUUUCACUGGCAGUAUACCUUUCCAUACCGUUGGUGGUUUAUUUCAUUAUUCCUUAUGUGUGGUAUGGUACCAGAUCCACCAAAAAGAGAAUUAUCAUAUUUGUACUCGGUGAUGUGGGGCAUUCUCCAAGAAUAUGCUAUCACGCUAUAAGUUUCAGCAGAUUAGGUUGGCAGGUCGAGUUAUGCGGUUAUGUGGACGACACUUUACCUAGGAGUAUUUCCGGCGACCCAAAUAUUACCGUCCAUCAUAUAUCAAACUUGAACAGAAAAGAGGGCGACGUAUCAGUUUUAUUCAUGGUCAAAAAGGUGCUUUUCCAAGUUCUCAGUAUUUUCAAGUUACUUUGGGAAUUGAGAGGAAGUGAUUAUAUAUUGAUACAGAAUCCUCCAAGCAUACCGAUUCUUCCUAUCGCUGUGUUCUACAAGCUUACCGGUUGUAAGAUGAUUAUUGAUUGGCACAAUCUAGCAUAUUCUAUAUUGCAGCUCAAAUUCAAAGGAAAUUUUUAUCAUCCAUUAGUACUGAUAUCUUAUAUGGUAGAGAUGAUCUUCAGCAAAUUCGCCGAUUAUAACUUGACUGUAACUGAAGCAAUGAGGAAGUACCUGAUCCAAAGCUUUCAUUUGAACGCAAAGCGAUGUGCUGUUUUGUAUGACCGCCCGGCUGCUCAGUUUAAACCUUUGCCAGGUGACGUUUCUCGCCAAAAAGCCAUAACUACCGCAGCCUUUACAAAAGAUUAUAUUCGCAAUGGUUUUGAUACAGAAAGGGGUGAUAAAAUCAUUGUAACAUCGACUUCAUUUACUCCUGAUGAAGAUAUUGGUAUUUUACUGGGUGCUUUGAAAAUUUACGAGAAUUCAUACAUCAAAUUCGAUUCAAGUUUGCCCAGAAUCUUAUGUUUUAUAACGGGUAAAGGACCAUUAAAAGAGAAAUAUAUGAAGCAAGUGAAAGAGUUUGAUUGGAAGCGCUGCCAAAUUGAAUUUCUAUGGUUAUCAGCGGAAGAUUAUCCUAGGUUGUUACAAUUAUGCGACUACGGAGUGUCUUUGCAUACUUCAAGUUCAGGGUUAGAUCUACCAAUGAAAAUCUUGGAUAUGUUUGGCUCAGGUCUCCCUGUCAUCGCAAUGAACUACCCAGUACUUGAUGAGCUAGUGCAGCAUAAUGUGAAUGGGUUAAAGUUUGUUGACAGAAGAGAACUGCAUGAAUCUUUGAUCUUUGCUAUGAAGGAUGAUGAUUUGUACAAAAAUUUGAAGAAAAAUGUCGCACAAGAAACUGAAAACAGAUGGCAAUCCAAUUGGGAACGCACCAUGAGAGAAUUGAAGCUGCUCCAUUAA